CCUACGUACGCGCGCGCCGCUGUCGCAAGGGGGGUCCUCACGGCUCGGACGGAUCGCCGCCUCCUCGCCGACAAUGGCGACGCUGCCGCCGGAGCAGCGAACGCUGCGCGCGGCGCUGGACCAGCGGGGGCUCGCGGAGCCGCUGCUGUCGUCCGACUGGGGCGACGGCCCCAACGCCUCCGGCCGCCACGAGGCGCGGGCCGACGGGCCCCUGCGGCGGGCGGUGGGGGCGGUGCGCGCGGCGGGCUGGGAGCUGUGGACGUUCUCGCGCAAUGACCCGAGGAAGCCCGUUUACGCGGCCAAGGUGGCCACGGCGCUCGCGCUCAUCACGCUGCUCGUCUUCCUCCGCGAGCCCAGCGACAUUGUCAGCCACUCCGUCUGGGCCAUCCUCACCGUCGUCGUCGUCUUCGAGUUCAGCAUCGGUGCAACCUUGAGCAAAGGCCUUAACAGGGGAUUGGGGACCCUGACGGCAGGCGGGCUUGCUCUAGCAGUUGCUGAAUCAGCAAAGCACAUGGGCGACCAGGACAUAGUGUUUCUCAUCAUCACCACCUUCGCCGUUGGAUUCGCUACAACUUUGAUAAAGGUGCACCCCAAGAUGAAGCUGUACGAGUACGGGCUCCGCGUCUUCCUGCUCACCUUCUGCUACGUGACGGUGUCCGGGUACAACACGGGGGAGUUCGUCGGCGGCACGGCCGUGAGCAGGUUCUUGCUCAUCGUCAUCGGCGGCGCCGUCAGCCUGGCGGUGAACAUAGGCAUAUACCCGAUCUGGGCUGGAGAGGACCUGCACCACCUGGUAGCCAGGAACUUCGCCAGAGUCGCUGAAUCCUUAGAAGGAUGUGUCGAUGGAUAUCUGACAUGCAUGGAGUACCAAAGGGUUCCUUCCAAGAUUCUCACGUACCAAGCUUCCGAUGAUCCUCUGUACAGUGGGUACAGGGCGGCUGUCGAGGCACAGACACAAGAGGAAACACUGCUGGGGUUUGCUAUAUGGGAGCCACCGCACGGGCCAUACAAGAUGAUGAAGUACCCCUGGCAGAGCUACACCAAGGUUGGCGGCGCGCUAAGGCACUGCUCCUUCGCCGUCAUGGCGCUUCACGGGUGCAUACUGUCGGAGAUCCAGUCGGCGCCGGAGAACAGGCAGGUGUUCAGCGCGGAGCUCCACAGGGUGGGCGAUGAGGCGGCCAAGGUGCUGCGCGAGCUCGGGCACCGGGUGAAGACCAUGACCAGGCUGAGCUCGCCCAACAUCCUCUCCGAGGUCCUCCACGCCGCUGAGGAGUUGCAGAAGAAGAUCGACCAGCGGUCCUACCUCCUCGUCAACACGGACCGUUGGGGGGAUGACACCGCCGCCUCCUCCACCACCUGCAGCCGGCACGAGGCAAGAUCCGGAGCCUCCAAGGACAAUGAGGCGCCACCGCCGCCGUCGGAGCACGCCGUCGUCAUCAACAUCCCUCCAAUGCACAAUUCGGAGUCGAACACGUCCCUCGUCCGGACCGCCAGCGUCAACGUCCCUCCACUGCACAAGUCGGAGUCGAACACGACCCUCGCCCGGGCCGCCGUUGCCAGCAUCCCUCCACUGCACAAGUCGGAGUCGACCACGACCCUAGCCCGGGCCCCGGGCGUCAACAUCCCUCCACUGCACAAGUCAGAGUCGACCACAACCCUCGCUCGGGACUCCGUUGCCAGCAUCCCUCCGCUGCACAAGUCGGAGUCGAACACGACCCUCGCCCGGGCCGCCGGCGCCAGCAUCCCUCCACCGCACAAGUCGGAGUCGAACACGACCCUCGCCCGGACCGCCAGCGUCAGCAUCCCUCCACUGCACAAGUCGGAGUCGACCACGGCCCUCGCCCGGGCCGCGGCCCUCGGCAACAUGCACAAGUCGGAGUCGAACACGUCGCUCGCUCGGUUCGACUCGGCGGCGUCGUGGGCGGCCAUGUCGUUGGCGGAUGGCCUGGCGCUCAAGCCCCAGGGGUCCUGGCACCACCGGAUGCCGCCGUUCCACCCGGGCCAGCCGCCCGACGCCGCGGAGGCGAGGACGUACGAGAGCGCGAGCGCGCUGUCGCUGGGCACCUUCGCGUCGCUCCUCAUCGAGUUCGUGGCGCGGCUCGGGAACCUCGUCAACGCCGUGGAGGAGCUCAGCGACAAGGCCGCCUUCAAGGAUCCCGUGGAGGAGCCAUCCGUGUUAAGCAGGGAGGACACUGGUGUUUUUGGCAGAAUGACCAAGUUUUUCAGGCUGAAGAGAUGAUGUGGAUGGCAAGAGAAGAGACUAUAUAAAACACUAAUUGAUGGUUAAUGGGUAGCCCGAUGUUGUUCAAUUACCCUGACUUGGGUGUACCAAGGAAGCAUGUAGAAGGUCUGUUAUAGUACAAGUUAUACAUGUAAAUACAAAUGUGAAAAUCGGAGAAUAUGAAAUGCUUUCUGAUGCAGUAAAGUGAAACAGGGUGAGAGGAAUACUCUGUAAUAACCAAAGUUUUUAAACAGCGGACUCUACUGCAUGUAGCAGGGUCUCACUAAACAGGACUGAGAUCCAGUGACUUGCCUAUUGCAAGUCACGUUGUAACUGGCCCCCUCUCAUCUGCCAUCCAAUGUAGAUCCAACGUGUGAGAUUGGCCCAAGUGAAACCAAGCCACAGCUAACAGGGACGGACGAGGGCUAUGGCGGGCAGAAGCUAGGGAUUUGGCGGGAGGCCGCGGCGCGGACGAGAGGGUUGAGGGCGACCGUCUCCGUCGCGGAGGAGAGGAAGGCGAGCCGGCACGCAGGGGAGAGUCUAGGGAGAGAGUGGAAAGCUGCGCAAGUGCCCCUGGAAGCGAGGCAGCUCGGCGCCAUCGCGGAGGAGGAGCUACGCUUCCAUGGAGGAGAGCGACGAGGGGCUCCGGCGUCGCUGCAGAGGAGGGAGGAGAUCCGCUGGCACUGCACCGGGCGAUUCGACGGGAACCUCUCCGGAUGAUUAUGUCGUGAGUCCCCUGUUGUUCAUAUUCAGACUGCAACAUUUUCUGAAUUUUUACUUUGGCUGAAGUUGUUCUUACU